GGAGCUAGAAACAAUUCCAAGUUAUGCAUGUGCAUAUGCAUGCUUAGAACUCUGGCUUUCCUAAGCAAAAGAAAACUCUUGUGAAGAAACUUGGAGGCUGAGGGGGUUAAAUGAAACCCAACUCCUUUUCCUGUGUUGUAAGGCUUAGUAACCAAACAGAAGCUGGAGAGAAGAGCGGGUUAGGAGCCACUGUUUGAACCUGAACGAUAGUAAAGUGAUUUUUGCUGCUUGUCUACAGAGUGGCAUCAGUGCCUUCAGCUUUUACACUCACCUUUCACAGGUACACGCAGAAGACACAGAUGAAGAACUUGCUCCUUCUGUUCCUGCUAGCAGAGAUGCUGCCUUCUGCAUUUUUAGGCCAUAGGAUGAGGCGGCAGACUGGUGUUUGGGGAAGCUGGGGUGAAUGGGGCAAGUGCAGUCGGAGCUGUGGUGGUGGAGUCAGUGUUCGGCAACGGCGCUGCUACUUCCAAAGGACAGAAAGUGCUUCCAGUUGCAUUGGACCAACUCGAAGCUAUCGCUCAUGCAAUAUUCAGAGCUGUCCGGAAAGUUCCAGAGAUUUCCGGGCAGAGCAGUGUGCAGAGUUUGAUGGGACAGAAUUUCAAGGAAAGAAAUACAAGUGGCUUCCAUAUUAUGGAGCACCCAAUAAGUGUGAGUUAAACUGUAUUCCGAAGGGAGAAAACUUCUACUACAGACACAAGGAAACUGUGAUAGAUGGAACUACUUGUGAACCUGGCAAGCGGGAUAUCUGUGUAGAAGGAGUUUGUCAAGCUGUUGGCUGUGAUAACAUACUAGAAUCUACCAAGAAGGAGGACAAAUGCCUACAGUGUGGAGGAGAUAACAGCACCUGCUAUGAUGUGAAGGGUACUUUCGAUGUGCCCAACCUCCCCAAAGGGUACAAUCAAAUGUUCAUCAUCCCUGUGGGAGCCACCAGCAUCCAAAUCAAGGAGGUUAUGCCAAGCAGGAACUUUAUGGCUGUCAAGAAUGUGCAAGGGGAUUAUUAUCUGAAUGGGCAUUGGACAAUUGACUUCAGCCGAACGCUACAUAUAGCUAGCACAGUUAUGCACUAUGAUCGUGGCUCAGAAGGUGAUCUUGCCCCAGAGCUCCUCCAUGCCAGGGGUCCCACCACAGAGCCCUUGGUCAUUGAGCUCAUCAGUCAGGAGCCAAACCCAGGAGUACAAUAUGAAUACUACCUGCCUACACACAGACAGUCCACAGGUUACAGCUGGAGCUACAGUUCCUGGAGUGAGUGCAGCUCUGAGUGUGGAGGAGGCUUCCAAUCCCGUUUGGUGUUUUGUACCAUAGACAAUGAGAUUUAUCCAGACUAUAUGUGCAGUAACAAACCACGACCAGACAGUAACCGGACAUGUGGCCAUCAGGCUUGUCCCCAAACAAAAAGGACUUCUUACAUCUCUCCGCCACAAGCCUGGAGCCACGGUGGAGCACGGAGCUCUCAGAUGAAGAGGUGGAAAACAGGGGAGUGGGGACCCUGCUCAGCUACCUGCGGUGGAGGCACCCAGACUCGCUCUGUUUACUGUGUAGCAUUUGAUGGUCAGAACUCCCAGGGUGUUGUGGACAACGCUGAGUGUAUGGCCUUUGCACAGCAGCCUCACAGCAGUCAGCCCUGCAACAGGAGACAGUGUGCAACCUGGAGCACAGGGCCCUGGUCAGAGUGCUCAGCCAGCUGUGGGGAAGGUGUCCAGACCCGGACUGUCACCUGCAGAACGCAGCGGGGCUCUCAAGCUCAGGACUUUGCUUGUUUAAUGGAACCAAAGCCACCAGCCACCCAGCCCUGCCUUAAGGAGAACUGCAUCCAAGAAGUCGGCUGGCACGUUGGAGACUGGGGCCUGUGUUCAAAGAGCUGCAGUUCAGGCAUCCGGACACGCCAAGUUAUCUGUGCUGAUGGUGACUCCAAAUUCUACAGUGCUGAUAUAUGCAAAGCCAUCCAACCACAGAAGCCAGCCACCCUGGAUAGCUGCAACGUGCAGCCUUGCUACCUGCCGCAGCAGGUCCCCAGUAUGCAGGACACUAUGGGAUAUGAUAUCAGUCGACAGUCGUUGCUGACGCGUUACAACCCAAACAGCCCUCCCACAGAUUCUGGUGAUGGAAGGUUGCUCCCUGGGAGCUCCACAGUUCACAGCAGCUCUAGGAAUCACCACAUCAAUUCCACUGAGGACCAUGGCAUCAACUUGUUGCCUGUUCGCUGGGAAUCCCAGUCACGAUCAUCAAAUUAUCAUCAGCUCAACAUCACUCAGCACCCCACUGCAGGAACCAGAUCUCAGAACUGUUAUCAGACCCCACAUGGCUGCUGUCCAGAUGGACACACUCCAGCUUCAGGCUCUUUGGGGAGAGGUUGUUCCUUCAACACCUGUCACCAAAACAGGUAUGGAUGCUGUCCUGAUGGAGUAUCAGCUGCCCAAGGUCCAAACAACGUGGGAUGCCCACAGCAUGACAGUGAUGUUCAUAUGAGAAGAAAUCAGCCUGCUGCAGCUGUUCCAACAGCAAACCAAGCCUUAUCCCAGCAGCACCCCUCUGGCGAGUGCCGCAGUUCAGUGUACGGCUGCUGUUUUGACAGUGUCGCUUCGGCUGCAGGUCCUGAAGGGGAAGGAUGUCUCAAUAGGCCCAACUACCCAUAUCCUGUCAUGUGCCUGCUGCCCAGUGCUCAUGGCCCCUGUGCAAACUGGACCACUCGCUGGUACUUUGUGACUGUUGUUGGCAAGUGCAACCGGUUCUGGUAUGGUGGCUGCCAUGGCAAUAAAAACAGCUUUGCCUCAGAGGAGGAAUGCAUGAGAGUGUGUCAUAGCUCUGUGGGGAUUAGUCCCUUGGAGCACCAGCCCUCUUCUGGCACAGGAGCCCUGCAACGGCAGGACACUGGCUCUCAUUUUCAUAUGGGUGCUGCUCAGGGUAAGCAGCAGCACCUGCCAAGAGAGUCUUCAAGUCAUGGCCAAGAAGGAAGAUCCUAUGGAGCUUCAAACCCCUCGCAGAACAGACAUGGAGAGAGCUACUGGAGAAGAACCAUUCUGGAGGAAGCCAAGCUCUCUCUUGUGACAGCAGUCAAGGGACAAAACAUUCAACUGGCCUGCAAGGCAAGCAUGUCCCCCUUCUCCAGGGUGGAGUGGAUGAAGGAUGGCCAGACAGUCUCCUCUGACAGGCACAUCUACCAGUCUGACAGCUCUUUAGUUAUCAGCCACGUCAAGCUGGAGGAUGCUGGGACUUACACAUGCCUCAUUUCUGAUGGGAGGACAGAGAGACGGCGGCAGAUUCAGUUACAGAUCAUAGAGUACCAGAGUGCUGUUCUGGCAGAGGGUGAGAGAGGUCAGGUCCUUCACAAGGAAAAUCAGCAGCACCGAGAGCUACCCAGAGACGGGAAGGUUGUACAGGCAGCCGGUUCCUCUGUGCAUCAGCAAUUCACAUAUAGGUUGAGAAUGGACAAGAGCGAGCCCUCAGUAGUGGAGGCCAAAGUUGGGGAGAGAGUCAGACUGCCCUGCACAGUGGAAGCAUCUCCAGCUCUCACCAUUGAGUGGCAGAAAGAUGGGCAGCCCCUCUCCCCUCCCAGACACAGACAGCAGUCAGACGGGGCCCUGGUGAUCAGCCGGGUUAGCUCUGAGGACGCCGGCUUCUUUACCUGCAUCGCCUCGAAUGGACGUGACCAGGACCAGCGCCAGGUCCUGCUCCGACCUCUAGGAGGGCUGAGGAUUACUGGUCUUCUGCCGAGCAUUAAGGUAUCUGAAGGAGAAACUGCUCAACUUCAUUGUACAGUGACUGGCAACAAUGUGAAUAUAAGGUGGUCAAGAAAUGGAGUCCCAGUGAGGGCAGAUGGCCGCCGCGUCCACCUGUCCCAGGAUGGAAGCCUGACCAUAAGCAAUGUUCAGUUGGCUGAUGAGGGAUCCUACACAUGCAGCGCCUACAGCAGCAGCAACUCUGUCAGUGCCAGCACAGAGGUGAAAGUGUUGAGGAGCAGGCCCAGCACAACUGUGAAUCACGUUGUGGACCCGAGCAGAGAAUGUGUGGACCAGCCGCACCUCGCCAACUGUGGGCUGAUCGUGCAGGCCCAGCUCUGCAGUAACGAGUACUAUGCCAGCUUCUGCUGUGCCAGCUGCUCUCGCUACCAGCCGCACGACAGCCCUCCUCAUCGCAGUGGGUGACAGACACCACCAAGGCCGUGUGGAACAGCAGGUGACAAGACAAGAAUUUUGAACUCUGAUCUUCUACUGUAUGAAACUGUUCUGGCAGCUCAAGAGGGCAGAUUUAAUGGUGUAGGGUGUAAUUGCCAAAAGGUGGGAGAACCACCAUCCUCAGGUUUAUUGCAAACUUCUUUCUUCUGACUCCUUGCAAUGUCUUCCUUGUAUGCCUUGCAAUAGCUCAUCCAUCUCUCCACAUAAUGGUAGUUGCUGCUUUUCACAGGAGGAGGUAGCACUGGGAAUACUCUCUCCAAAUGACUUUAGAGAGGGCAAAUAACCAGAAUGAAAGAUUCUUCGUAUAAGGAAAAGAGAAUAGCUCAAAAAAGCACCAUAGGCUGAAGUGUCUUAAGAUGGGCCUGAGCCGUCUUAACAGAAGGACUAAUGACAGAGGAACAUUUAUAAUGCUGAGGAGCAAAGGAAUCUGACCAUGACAAACAGCUUGGUGCAUGUAAAAUUAGCACUGAGGUGCUGUAAGAUUGCCAGCUCAGGAGAUGCAGCUGUGAUGUCACCUACUGCAGCUACGUACUGUAGCUGUUUUAUUACAGCGCUCCUAAAUAGAAUUUAUCUUUGGGUCAGUUUGGUUUCCACUUAAAUGUAUUCAGCUCUAGAUUGAAAUGCAGAAAGCAAUGCUCCACAGAAAGCUUUGGACAAAAUGGAAAAAUGUACUUAGCCUUUUCUGAAUGGUAGGGAUCAUUAACAUAACAACACUGUAGUAUGUUCUAAGAUGAUGCAGAUUAAACAUCAGUAUCUCUGAGAAA